AUGGAGACUUUAUCUUCGGUCCGCUGCGGAUUAGGUUACUUAUCCAGUGAGAGAUGGAUAAAAAGGAGGUCAAGCAGUGAGUGGAGCAAGAUAGAAAACAAAGAGGGAGGUCAAGCAGUGAGUGAAACAAGAUUGGCAAGACUCUAUAAAGUACUAGGGGUUGGAGGUAGAAAAGAUUCGGAGGUCAAGCAGUGA